GCAUGGGAAGCAGCUACAGCUGUAGUAGCGUCUUUCCCGGCGACAUUUUGGAUGUCAGGGGACCGCUGCCCGAGCCAUGGCCGGCGGCAGAGGGAAGCCGUGCCCUGUACCGGGCGGCAGUAGAGGGUGACGCCGGGGCGCUGUCGGACCUCCUGCUGCAGCAGCCUGAGAUCCUGCCGGGGGUGGAGAAAAACGCCCCGCUUAUCAUCAUGUCUUCGGAGCAGCUGAGAGGUGGGAGUCUGUUGGGUGAGGAUCUGGAGUUUUUCCGGCAGUUUCUGCGGGGCGACUACAGCCGUGUGUGUCAGCGGGUCACGUGUCUGUGUCAGAAAGAACAGGACAGGGUUUACGUCGUCGGCAUGACGCCCCUACAGGUCGCCUGCAUGGCCGGGCACUCCCGCUGCGUUUCCGUGCUGCUCCGCCAGGGGGCGGACCCGGAGGCCAAAGAGACGCGGUUCGGAGCGUACAUACCCGUGCGAGAAUACGUCGGCACCGUGGUCCACCCUCUGUCUCCCACACAGCUCUGCGCCGCCAACGGGCACCAGGACUGCCUGGAAACGUUGCUGGAGUAUUCCAAGACCGACGACGCCCCUGUGUCGUCACCACGUCUGGUCUGCGGCGCGACGGUGUCCCACAUCAGUCGUACGCCUCCGCUCCACCUCGCCUCGGUUCUUGAGCUGCCGGACUGUCUGGAGACGCUGGUCUCGCGGGGGGCCCACCUUGAGGAGCGAGACGAGACGGACAUGACGGAGACGUUCGGCAGGGGGAUGAUAGAAGACAGCGCGCCCCUGCAGGAAGUCUUACGUUACGUCUACGGGAGCGUGGACGCUGCGCUGGGUCUGCGGGGGCUGACCGCGCUCCAUCACGCCUGCAAGUCCGCCAACGACGCCUGCCUGGAGGUCCUGCUAGAACACGGCGCGGACUGCAGCACCUCGGCGCGACGCCAGGAGUCCCCACUGCACCUGCUGGCCGACCACGGCGUCAGGCACAAGUACUGGAACGGCGUGCCCGACGAGAGUUUCGAGAACUGCCUCAGACUGUUGCUGAACCACGGCGCGUUCGUCGACUGUACCGACGAGAAGCGCAUCGACCUGAUCGAUCGCCCUCUGAUCAAAAUGUUCCAAGAGGGAUUAUCUGACAACUGUCUGGUAAACUGCACCCUCAUUUUACUCGGCGGAUCUACCUUCACGCUACGAAGAACCAAGACGGUGCCUUGCUGGCUCAAGACCCACCACUGGCAAGACCUGGAGGCCGGGGACGAUAACAUAGACUACGAGGACGGCGUGCCAGCGGAUUCAGUACUCAACCUAACCGCUAGGGUCGCUGCUGAGAUACCGAGAGAUACGCUGUUCAUGGGAUUGCCAGAGAAUCGGGAGGCAUUGAGAGCGGCUGCCAAUUGUAAGGGCGUGUAUCUGAAGUACAUCCUCUCGCUGCCGAACGAGCCGCGUAAGUUAGCGGACCUGUCCCGGCUCGUCGUCCGGAGGGCGCUCGGGAGACACGUGCACAGGGACAUCGGGAAACUCGGACUGCCGAAAGCCAUGGAGGAUUUCAUUCUUCUCUGGGACUUGGACUACGAGUAAGACGGGUCGAGACGGUCCAAGACUUUGGUUUAAAAGAUGGACUGAUUUGUAUCACCAGCGGGGCUGGAAUUG